AAUUCAAAUCACAGUAACAAACAAAAUUUCAAUCAAUAAAACGAAACAAAAAAUUAUUUAAUUUUUAAAAAUCUAAAUUUUUAUUAAAAAAAUAAAAAAAAAUAAAAAAAAAUAAUAACCAAAUGGAUUCUGAGUACGGCGGCGGCGCUGAACUACAUAAAGAUUAUUCUAUUGGCUGUAAAAUAAAUAGUUGCAUUGCUAGAGAUAUUUGCAUGGAAUACUCAAGACUUGCUCGUAGAUUACAAAAACUUCAGCCAAAGCGACAUAAACGUAGAUUAAGAAACUUAGCUUCACCAAAGAAUAUCGUGCCGAAAGUAAAGCCAAUCGAAACAUAUCAACUUGAUAAUUCAAUAAAAACUGAAAUAAUUCGAGAACUACCAGGUAUGACUCGAACUCAACAACUGGCUUAUCCUCGUGUAAGGAAUAUCUUACCAAUACGAAAAUAUUUUCGCAAUAUAUUAGGCCGCAGAAGGCUUCAAGUACUCAAUACAACUCUUAAAAAAAGUAUGCUUUCCGUGUAUAGUCGACUUGCUGAUUGUCAGCCCCCAGAAGAAAAAAAACCAGUUCAAAAAUGGACAGAGAAGGAAUGGACUGCUCAUAGAAGAUACUUGCAUAAUCUCGCACAACCUAAAAAGAAGUUUAAGCCCCCGAAGCAGGUUCACAUGUGGAAAGAUAUCCUGAUAAUGAAUCGAUUUAAGUAUCUUUGUAAGCCCAAAGACCGUCCAGAGGUGCCUGCACCAAAAUGGGAACUUACAAAGGGCCUCAAAAACUAUGAGCCAACAGAAAUAAUUCUCCGUCUAAGUAAACCUAAGGAAAUUGACGAAAAUGUACAUCAUCAAAGCCUGCCUGUGAAAAUUCCCCACGGAGCCUUAAAAUAUAAACCAACCGAACGAAUUUUACAACUAACUACACAAGCGGAAAAACGCUUGGGUGAGAGUGAUUUGAAAGAAAAUCCCUUUGGUGUGGCGCCUAAUGCGUUAAAGGCCAAAGCUAGUCAACGUAUUGUAGAGCUAGCACAAGCAAAAGAAUACGAAGAGGGCCAUAUUCGUAACAAUCCCUAUCAGAUAUCUCCCGCGGCCCUUAAAGCAAAGCCAACUGCACGAACAAUUGCACUGGCUCAACCCAAGGGAUCCUAAUAAAAUAAAUUAUUUCAUAAUUUUGUUAAACAAUUUAGAUUUUGAGAAUUCAGUAUAAAAUAAAUAUUUAAAUAAAUGUUGUCAA